AGAAUGUCAAGAGGAACACCGUCAAAUUGAUUUUAAUGUUGUCUGUAAACAAAGGCUAUGAUAAGUGAAUAUGAAUCUAUUUUCAUAGUCUACAAGAUGAGUAGAAGAAUGGGGUGAAAACCUGGUGAUAACUUUGUCAGAAUGAAUAAACAGCACCAUACACUGUUGAGAGGUCUUCAGGAUCUGUAUGAAAACAAACUCCUGACAGAUGUGGUCCUUUGUGCAGACACGGAAGAGUUUCGGUGUCACAGAAGUGUGCUAGCUGCAAGCAGUCCAUAUUUCAGGGCCAUGUUUACAGCUAAUGUUAGAGAACAGGAAGAGGCUAGGGUGCAAAUUCAUGAAGUCGACGCUCCAACAAUGAAACUGGUCAUUGAGUACAUAUACACAGCCUCUGUUGCCAUCGACAGCAAUAAUGCUCAGAACAUCUUCAUCGUGGCCAACAUGAUGCAGUUACUGCACCUGGUUGACUUAAGCGCAGAUUUCAUGAAGUCUCAACUCUGCAGCAGCAAUGCCGUGGAAAUUUUCAACUUCGCCUCCUUCUACAGUUGCGACAAACUGCGAAAAGCGGCCAGGCAGUUUAUUUUGGAAAAUUUCAGAGAAGUGUUAGGCACAGAAGGUUUCACAGGAUUUGAUAUAACAGAUUUAGAGUCAGUUUUGAGUGAAGAUUACCUUGGAGUGGAAUUAGAAGAACAUGUUUAUUCUGCUGUUAUUAAAUGGGUAGAGUUUGACAAAGAAAACAGAUGUCAACAUCUGAAAAAACUCCUCAAGCAUAUACGCCUGGGUCUUGUUCAGUCAGAUUUUAUCAGUGUCAUGAAAACAAAUUCUUUGCUUUCUGACAACAGUAGAAUUGUACGCCAAUUAGAAAAUUUUAAUUCCCAUCCAGGGUUGGUAUUGAACUCUGAGGCAGCUAAGAAAGGAGAUAUGAAGUACAGUUUUUUUUCCACGAGUAUGUCGCCAAGGUUGGGGAUGUUAAAACGGACCAUGUUGGUCUUUGCUGGAGGUGCCAACAAUUCCGAGGAGCGCUCUCUGACCUGUUUUGAUCCCAGUACAAACAACAACUAUUACGGAAUCAAGCAGCAUUCAAGCUUUGACUUCAAACACAAAAUUGACCAUCACAGGGUGAUAUCUUUAGACAGCAAGCUCUAUUUCAUCGGCGGAGUUCUUUAUGAGGAGUAUCAUUUUGAGCCGACAGCGUCGGCGUUAGACGCCGUUUUCCAAUACAUUGAAAAGGACCAAUGCUGGAUAAGAAGAGCACACAUGCUCACGCCGAGAUGUGCCUUUUCUGCCCUCAGCCAUUGCGGGAGAAUUUACGUUAUGGGUGGUAAGACAACAUACCCACGUGGAGGGCCCCUGUUCACGGCAGAGUGUUACGAUGCCGAUAGUGACCAGUGGCUUCCCCUGGCUCCAAUGCCACUCGGCCUUUACCAUCACGCAUCAACGGUAUACCAAGACUCUAUUUUUGUGUUUGGUGGAAUAGAGGAAGACGAGCAACAUGUGAAUACUGUAUUCCAGUACAGCAUUUCUGCCAAUUCCUGGACUUUUGUGGAGACGAUGAUGGCGCAUCUGCGCGCGGAGUUCUCGGCCGUCACAUACAAGGACAGAAUUUAUCUUGUGGGAGGAGCCAAUAAAACCGAGAACGUCACCGCUGUGGAAAUAUUCAACCCCAAAUCGCGACGUUGGCAAAUUGGCGCAGACUUUCCAGAAGAUCGUAAGGCUAUGUCAGCCGUCCUGAUUGGAGAUUGUAUCUACGUCUGUGGAGGAGUGAAGUACAUAGGAGCACGGGGGCAAAGACGCAGUAGGAUGGUGGAAAGUCGCGACCUCUACAAGUACAACCUUGUAACUAAUGACUGGAGUAGACAGGUAAAACUAGUGCAGUAUGCUAAUAUACAGACCUGUACAGCCUGUGUUCUUAACACCAAGUUUCUAAAUGAGAGUGAUUUCAUCAGCAGUAACUAACAAAAGUGUGUUAACUACUGACGGACAAAACAUGCUUCUGGAUGAGAUAGUUUAAAAGGGUGUUAGCCACUGACUGACAAAACUGUCCUAGUUUCUGGGUGUAGUCAUUCAAAAAUGAUGUUAGCCAGUGACUGACAAAACUGUCCUAGUUUCGAGCCUGGUACAUGUAGUUUAAAAAGGUGUCAUCCACUCACUGACAACUUAGUUCUGGAUCUGGUAGUUCAGAAGGGUGUUAGCCAGUGACUGACAAAGCUGUCAUACAUGUAGGCCUGGACCUAGAAGUUCAGAUUGGUGUUUACCACUGACAAGACUUUGUUCUUGACUCAGUAGUUGAAAAGUUAGUAAUUAGUCACCAACUGACAAAACUGUCCUAGAUUUGGACCCAGUUGCUCCGAAGUAUGUGAGCCGCUUACUGAAAAAACUAUCUUAGUUCAAAAGGGUGUUAGUUGCAAACUGACAAAAGUUCUGUGCCAUGUAGUUCAGAAGGGUGUGAGCCAAUGACUCACAAAGCUGUCCUAGUUAUGGGCCUAGUAGUUCAAUAAAAAUGGUUUUAGCCACUAACUGACUGAACAUAGUUCUGAACUUCUGGUUCUGGUAGUUCAGAAGGGUGUUAGCCAAUGGUGUCAGCCACUUACACGUACUGACUGAACUUAGUUCUCAACUUCUGGGUCUGGUAGUUCAGAAGUGUGUUAGCCAGUGAGUGACACAACUUAGUUCUGGGCUUGGUACAUGUAGUUCAGAAAGGUGUUAGCCACUUACCUGUACUGACUAAAGCAUUUUGACAAGGUUUUUGAUUUUGCCUUUUAGUCAGAAAUGGUUUUGUGGAAUUUGACAAUGAACUGUAUACUUUGGAGUGAAUCUUGCAUUAAAGUGGGCAGAUGUAUAACAAAAAUUGCCAAAAAUCAAUUUUUCACAUGGCCGUCAAAAAAUUUGCCUGAAGGUUAAACCUUCUAUCAAAACCAACAUUUCUCAGUUUACAUGUAGUUUUAACUAGAAGGUGAAAAUGCUCUAUUUUCUCGCUUUCAGGUCUAUAUAUAUAUGUGUGUUUGUACUGUUUAGUGAUGCAGUAAGGAAUUAUGCAAUACUGUGUUGUUAGUUUAGCACUUUUGCUGUCAGAUGUUAUAAAGUAUAAGCUUCUGGCAUUUGUAACUAAAGUUGUAACUGUUUAAAAGGUAUGGUUAAGUGCUGGCACUUAUCACUAGUACUGUAGUGUUGUAACUGGUAAAAAAAAUAGUAUGAGCUUACAAGCUGUGGAUUUGAACCAGUGAUCUCUGGGUUUCAAGAGUGAUUGGACAAACCAGCUGGGGAUUUGAAAUUCUUUGCAGCUCAUUGGUAGAUAGCCCUAUACAACACCCUGUUACAUUCCCGUACCCCUCCUCUGCUUGCGAGGCCCUGUCUUCUUAAACUACCCAGGAAAGAAGAGGCGAGGUACAUGAACUGGCAUUUUUUAUUAGCCUUUUAGUGCUAUAAUUGUUCAAGAAAUAUUGUAUUUAUAUUUUGUAGUUAAUUUUUUACUGGUGUAAUUAUUCCAGAAGUAUGGUAAGGUACUGGUACUUACAAUUUUAUUACUAACCUUUUAAUGAUAUAACCGCUCAGGCAGUGUGGUAAAGUACGGGACUUGAGAUCUGGGUCCUUCUUGAAUCUCCCAGCUUAAAGGGAUACAGAACUGACACUGAUUGACUAAUAGCGUGGAUAGGUUUUCCUGGCUUACACCCUGCAACUUUGGUCGCACUUGAAGAAAUCUGAUGGUGAAGAGUAUAUUAAGAGAUUGCCCAGUGUACACUCAAUUUGCUUUUGGGUGAAGUGGUGCACUGUAAUUGAUUGAAGAUCACGAAAAACCUGUUUUCAUGUAUACAGCUUUGACAAUUUUAGGACAGACCGACAGGUCCAAGAUCCAAUUUAGGGAAUGUAAUGAUUUAUUUUAUUUGUUUAUUUGAUUGGUGUUUUACGCCGUACUCAAGAAUAUUUCACUUAUGUGAUGGUUGCCAACAUUGUGGGGGGUGGAAACCGGGCAAAGCCCAGGGGAACCCACAACCAUCUGCAGGUUGCUGGAAGAGCUGGACUGGGUCAAUACGAUGCGCUAGCGCGCUAACCAACUGAGCCAUGGAGGCCCCGCGAAUGUAAUCAUUCAGAGUGGUUAAUGUGGAAGCUAAGCCGGGAACAUGACCAACUGAUCUCAGAGAUCUCCCCAUGUCUCCCCAACUGAGCCAUGGAGGCCCUGCGAAUGUAAUCAUUCAGAGUGGUUAAUGUGGAAGCUAAGCCAGGAACAUGACCAACUGAUCUCAGAGAUCUCCCCAUGUCUUCCCAACUGAGCCAUGGAGGCCCUGCGAAUGUAAUCAUUCAGAGUGGUUAAUGUGGAAGCUAAGCCGGGAACAUGACCAACCGAUCUCAGAGUUAGAUACGAUUAAGUACUCACAGAAUGAAGCUGAUCUUUUAGUGCUAUGACUUUUCUGAAGCAUUGUUAUGUAAAAGUACAUACAAUUUGUUAAUAGGCAUUUUCAAAGGGUUGCUUUUUCAACUUCAGAAGCUUGAAACUUGAGACUAUUUGGACUCGUAUUGUACUUAUAAUGUAAUACUACAUAGUGAAGUGUAAAUGCAAAUGAUUAUGUAUUAAUUGUGCCAAAUGUCUGCUUUAAAUUAAUGCACAUUGUUUUAAAAUGAGGACAUCAGAGAUAUGUAAUCAUGAGGGAGAUUUUUAUGGCAGUCAGCUAUGCUUUCUGUUCACCACAAUGAGCUAAACAGUUUGUAAUGUAGAUCAAUGAUAUUCUUACCAUAACAUGGCUAGCUGAAAUACAUGAAUUUAUUUCAAGCCAAAACCACUCAUGCAUUCAUCCAUUCAGUCAGCCUUUAUGCAACACAUUUACAGUACAAAUCUAAAGUAAAUUUUCCAUUAGGCUGGUUACCAUGACUGCAGACCACAGCAGUAUGUGUACGGCCCAAGCAGGUGGAUGGUUGAGGAAUAGUAGUGAGCUAGUGACAUGCUGCUCUUGACCAGUGAUGAGCUAGUGACGUGCUGCUCUUGGCCAGUCAUGAGCUAGUGGUGAACUAGUGACAUGCUGCUAAUGUGCCAGUGGUGAGCUAGUUACAUGCUGCUAAUGUGCCAGUAGUGAGCUAGUGGUAUGCUGCUCUUGGGACAGUGAUGAGCUAGUGACAUGCUGCUCUUGGCCAGUGAUGAGCUAGUGGCAUACUGCUCUUGGCCAGUGAUGAGCUAGUGGCAUGCUCCUCUUGGCCAGUGAUGCGCUAGUGACAUGCUGCUCUUGGCCAGUGAUGAGCUAGUGGCAUGCUCCUCUUGGCCAGUG